AUGAAGAGAGCUAAAAACUCGCAGCGGUAUAGAGACCCUCUUCCCAUAGGGGUGACUGCUCUCAGCCCAUUAAGUUGGGCUCUUGCAGCAGCGGCGAUGGCCUGGCAGUUUUGGACCUACAGGCCCAAGAUUGACGAGAAAUUCCGUGUUUAUGGGCCAGACAUGCUUUUUCUUUGGAACCAUGGGUUUUUUGGUAAGGGUGUUCUUUCUCGGAGCGAGCCGACCUGGCUGGAGAGAACUCGGCGCCGGGUUCUGGGCCAGGGCAGUCCGUACACAGACGAGGAGAUGGUCGCGCAACGCCGUAAGGCCAGAACCCAAUUCAAACAAAAACGCAAGCAGCUCGACGAGCUGGAAAAUUUUUAUAAGCGGAAAAACGACAAGGCUGGGCUGGAGGAAGUGGAAAAAAAAAGACACGAGCUCACUUUAGAGCAGCCCGAGAGAGUCCAGAUCGUUCGUCCAGAAGACACAGAGCUCGUUGUAGGCUCCGAUAUCCAGCAGCUGGAGUACGUGCAGUUGAUGCCUGAGGAGGUGUUAUUUUUGCAGCUACUCGACUGUGUGCGCACAAAAACAGACUUUGUUUCUCUCUUUCGGUCGCUGGCGUCCAGAGAGUUUUGCUCGCGGUUCCUGGUUUACUACUACUACCGCACUCUGGGGUGGGUGGUGAAAUCGGGACUAAAAUUCUCGUGCGAUUUUAUUUUGUACGAACGCGGUCCUGUGUUCCAGCAUUCGCAAUAUGCUGUGAAGAUCGCCACUCCGGGCACCUGGCUCGAGACGUGCUCGAUGAGCCGUGUGGUUGGCUCGGUGAAGAAGAGACUGAUUUUGGUGUUUGUGAGGCCUCCGCCAGACUUUGACCAGCGUGUCAAGUGUCUCACAGACAAGCGGUCUGUUUUUGCGCUUCUCAACGAUUUCAUGCUUGACGAGGUCUCCUUCACGCGCUGGUCGGCCGGACGCGAGAGGGAAUGA